UGUUUGAGUAAUAGUAGUUCGCACAUUUGGCAUUGAGCAAUUUGACAGAAAAGUCUCAAUUUAAUAGCCAUUUCGUGCGAAAGUCAAGCGGAAAAACAGUACAGUGCUUUGAAAAAUUACACUAAAAUCGAAACUCAAUGAAAGCAUGUACAGCCAAUUUUGCUGCAUGUGUGUGUAAAUAACCUUCUUUUUUCUGUUUCUCUAACAAUUUUAUUGUUUACCACUUUUUUCUCUUUGCUUUAUUAUAUCUCUUUCUAAAAGACUCUGUCUGUAAAGAAUACUAUCCAUUGAAUAGUAUUCGGAAAAGAUGAUGUCAACAGAAGAUCCAUCCUUAUUCGAGGAAGAUGCAUUCUUAAGUGGAGGAGGACAAACUUUAAAUGAUGAACUACUUGGUAAAGGAUACAUGAAUGAGGUUCCUCUUGGGUGCUCAUCUCUAGCAGCAGAACUCCAAUCUGCAAUGACAACCAUUCCCGAAGACACGAACGGAGUUGCUGAAGAAAAUUUAUCAAUAAGCAAUAGCAAUAACAAUAAUGAUGUGGAAUAUAACGACUCUGCAACAAUGCCAGCUAUCUUGAACAACCAUCAUAACUUGAUAACAGCGGAAUUACCGGCUAAUACGACGCCUUCAAAAUUGGCUUCUAUGGCAAUGGAAAAAAGAUCACUAUCGAACGAAAUAGUGACCAUGACAAGCCCAUUGUUAUCUCCUUUACAGUGGUCUACUUCUUCCACCCUUGGUUUGCGUAACAAUGGCGGUAAUCAUAGCAGAAGAUCAUCCUUUUCUUCUUCUACUUGGUCCUCUUCUAUGAACAAUGACUUCUCACCGGACUAUAAUGAAGAUUUAAUUAUUGAUCCAUUUGAAGUAUUAAAAAGACAAUUAGAAGAUUUAAAUACAGCUGUAUGGGAAACAAAAACGCUUCAUAAAAGACUUUUAAAGACCUUGACGAUGGAUGAAACAGCUUUUGGCAUCUCGACCAGAAAAGAUGCAGAACAUAGCAAUGCUUUUACGCCGCCUUUUGAAUAUGUAGUUCAAUCGGUUAUCAAUCUUAUCGAACGUAAAUCUCGCGACCGUGAACGACAAAUCAGUUAUCUACGCAACGUGGACAGUACGCUUAGGAAAGAAUCGAGUUGGAUGACGAUGAACACGAUACGAGAGUUGGAAUUUUUGCUAUCGUCAGUCAAAUCGACGUUGAACGACUCGAACUAUGUGUAUCAAAACCCUUUACCUAUGAUCCGGGAUUUAACAAUAGAGACAACUUCAGCAACCGACUCACUUGAAGAACUAAAGGAACUCAUGUAUGUGAAUAAGAGGCAGGUACAAGAAUUAAAUGCUAGAUUAAAAUCCAUUGCAAAGACAGUACAUGAAGUAAGAAAGGAUAUGAGAAGAAUGAAUCAGUUUUUAGAAGAGAAAGACGAUGAAGACGACCUUGUUAUUCUAGAAAAGGGUGAAGUUACUGAAAGAGUAAGAGAAAUUAUGUGGGGUUUAGAUGAUUUGGAUACUGAAUCGACAAAGAAAUUAGAGAAAAUGCAACACUUUUGGGAUACUAUCAAAAUCUCCAACAAUACUACUGCAACUUAUUUGACUCAUUCUGUUUAAAUCAUACAAUCGUUCUGUUCUAUCUAUGUCUACAUAAUGACCGAUAUCACUAUAUUCCCCUUUCUGCCUUCCUGCCUUCUUUCUUACGUAAUAUCUUUAUAUCCUUUCUCUAUAUAUCUACUCUUUCGUAAUUUUAACUGAAAAUAAACCCUAUGUUUUAUAAGCUGACAAUAGUAUUCGCUCUACAGAUGAUAGGCCUGCCGACCUAGCACCAAUUUUCUCUCU